GCGUCUCAGUGACUAACCACGGACUCCCUGUUCUGCAGCAGAAAUAAUGAUUCAACACUCUAGAGGUACCAUGGCUGCAGGAUUGAGGUCGAUGAUCUUGCUACUGUUGCUGCUGUGUUGUUGGAAGCUGACCCUAGGCAAAGAAGGGAAAUCCAAGGGAAAGAAAGGCAAGCAAGUCGUCUGUCCAUCCCAGUUGUCCCCAGAAGACUUGGCCCAAGUCCCUCCUAACUCCACCUCCAACAUCUUGAACCGUCUGAUGGUCAGUUAUGACGCAAGAAUAAGGCCUAACUUUCAAGGUAUCCCAGUUGAGUCCCGGGUGAACAUCUUCAUAAACAGCUUUGGGUCCAUCCAGGAGACCACUAUGGACUACAGAGUGAACAUAUUUCUCCGUCAGAGAUGGAAUGACCCUCGCCUACGACUUCCUACUGACUUUAAGAGUGACUCCCUUACAAUUGACCCCAACAUGUUCCAGUGUUUGUGGAAACCAGACCUUUUCUUUGCUAAUGAGAAAAACGCAAACUUCCAUGAUGUCACACAGGACAACAUUCUGCUCUUCAUCUUCAGGAACGGAGAUAUCUUAAUCAGUAUGAGGCUGUCAGUGACUCUGUCUUGUCCCUUGGAUCUUCAACUCUUCCCAAUGGACACACAGCUGUGUAAAAUGCAGCUGGAAAGCUUUGGCUAUACCACCAGUGAUCUUGUGUUCAUGUGGCAGUCUGACCCAGUUCAGAUGGAGGAAAUCGCUCUCCCUCAGUUCGACAUUAAACAAGAGGACAUCAAAUAUGGAAACUGCACAAAAUACUAUCAAGGAACAGGAUACUACACCUGCGUUGAAGUGAUUUUUACAUUGCGUCGGCAGGUCGGUUUCUACCUGAUGGGUGUUUAUGCCCCAACUCUGUUGAUUGUCGUUUUGUCCUGGUUAUCCUUCUGGAUCAACCCUGAUGCCUCAGCUGCGAGGGUGCCAUUGGGUAUUCUAUCAGUACUCUCUCUUUCCAGUGAGAGUAUGCUCUUGGCAUCAGAGCUACCAAAGGUUUCCUAUGUAAAAGCCAUUGAUAUCUGGCUCAUUACCUGUCUUCUUUUUGGUUUUUCAUCACUGGUGGAAUACGCUGUGGUGCAGGUGAUGCUGAACAGUCCCAGACGGAUUGAGGAGGAGAAAGCCAGAAUGGCAAAGAAAGAGAAAGAGUUGCAAGAGAAAGAAGGAAAGAUGGCUUCAAAUAAAGCUAACAACACAGUGAAUGGGACGGGUGGAACACCCAUACAUGUCAACACUCUGCAGGUGGUAGAAACACGCUGUAAGAAAGUUUGCACCUCAAAGUCUGACCUUCGCUCCAAUGACUUCAGCAUCGUGGGAUCCUUACCACGAGACUUUGAACUUUCCAACUUUGACUGUUAUGGUAAAGCAGUUGAAGUGUCAGGAGCCCACAAGUCCAAGAACAAAGCAAACAAGAAACCACCGCCACCCAAACCUGUCAUACCUGCUGCCGCCAAACGCGUUGACCUCUAUGCAAGAGCCCUCUUCCCCUUCUCCUUCCUCUUCUUCAAUGUUGUCUACUGGUCUGUCUAUCUGUGAGAGGGAGAAGAAGUUUUGUGGAAAUUAAGUGGUUUGUAUCCCAUAGUGUGUCACCAUACUGAUAUUGAAACUUCAUUGACCUUAAGAAUGACAGAAAAUAUUAAAUUGAACAUGUACUAUUUCAGAGCCAUGUUUGCAGAUUCGGAGACCGCUGUGUUCCCUGGGAGUAACUGUAAUCGCCAAACCUACCAAACCUUGGGGAUGUUUGCUUGAAUCCCCUUUAAACCCAGGCCUUAAGUAGGCACUGCAUGUGUGUCUCUGUGUGAUACAGCACAAUGUAUUUAACGUUAACUAAACCCUUCUGUGGUGGAACCAAGACACCUACGCUGUGCAUUAGAAAUACAUGCUUUUUACUGGAAACACUUAUGUCAAAGGUCUAAAGCUCCAAAAUGCCCAACACUAAUUAAACACAUGUAAGACAUUCCAAAAAUAUGUAAGAAUAUACAAAGAGUAAAUGAAUAAGUAUAUUGUAAA